GUGAGCCUGACAACAAGCAGGCAGUGAGCCAACAAGCAGGCCGCUGACUGCUGCGCCGCCGCGCACACAACUGCGCGCGCAAGCUGCCGCCCGCGCCCCGCGCAAUCCACCGCGCCCCCCGGCGCAAAUCAGCGUUCAACAUUGAGUCGACGGCCGCCGACCGCGCGCGGCCGCUGCUCGGCGCGAUGGCCGACCCACCACCGCCACAACCGGACCCGUCCCUGAAGCUGACCAAGCGCGAGGAGUACACGUUGGGGUUCACGACCAUCGCCUUCAUGGCCUUUUCGGUGAUUGAGAUGAUCUACGCGUUUUCCAGUAAUUCGAUGGCCUUGUUGGGCGACGCCGUCGCGAUGAUGGUCGACGCCUGCACCUACAUGUUCAACGGCUGUGCCAUAAGAAGAGCACGGCAGCAGGGCAAGGAGGACAAGUGGGCCGUGCUAGGACCGGUCAUUUCGACGUCCGUACUCAUAGGGGCUAUGAUCUACAUUUUCUACGACGCCGUCUCCACACUAGCCUCGGGGGCGUCGGGCGACGGCGUGAACCUGGUCGUGGUCCUGGCCUUCGGCCUCGCGAACCUCGUGAUUGACAUCGCGUCCGGCGUGCUCUUCUGCGCCUACCCGGACGCCUACAAGGCGGUCCUCGUCUUCGCCGAGCCCGAGUCCUUGGAAGCCGACGGCGGCAUGAACAUCCGGUCCGCACUCACGCACGUCGUCGCCGAUACUUAUAGAACGAUCGCUGUGCUUGUAACGGCGAGCGCCGCGAUGGCCGACGACGCCAUCUCCUCGACGGCCGCGGACGCCUGGGGCGCCAUCGCCGUCGAGAUCCCGGUCCUGGUCAUGGCCUUCGGCCUCGGGCGGGCGGCGUGGAACCGGUACGUCGCGCGGCGGUCCGGCCCGCCGGCGCCGGCGCCGCGGCCGUCGCAGCCGCCGCCUGCGACCCCGGAGGCGCGGGACAGCGGGCUCGUCUAA